GGUGGGGGUGCUUGGCAGCACUGGCCACUUCCAUCGUCUUGGGGGUGGGGGUGGCGGGGCGCGCGCGUGUGUGUGUGUGUGUGUGGUGAUUAGUAUGCCUUUUAUUUCUUUCAGGGUCUGGAGAUAGAAGAGAAAUUCCCUGAGAAAAAGAAAAGUAGAAAGUUUCCGAUUGGUGGAGAACAUUCUGCUAAUAGCUUUUGUUCCAGUCCAUUUGUGGCUUGUUAAAGGUGUCUGGAACUGGAUUACAGUUUCUUCUGAUUGAACGCAGCCUUUGAAUACUGCCUGGCCUAUCGCGAAUACAUCCCUGCCUUGGACAAGACGCAGCUGAAUCUCUAAGUGAUGCUACUGCCACUACCACCCCAGAGCUCCAAACCUGUGCCUAAGAAAUCUCAGUCCAGCAAAAUUGUGCCCAGUCAUCAUGACCCAUCUGAAAAGACGGGGGAGAAUUGCCAAACGAAGAUAUCUCCAUCUUCACUUCAGGAGUCUCCAUCUUCACUUCAGGGAGCACUCAAAAAGAGAUCAGCUUUUGAAGAUCUCACUAAUGCUUCUCAAUGUCAACCUGUCCAGCCCAAGAAAGAAGCCAAUAAAGAGUUUGUAAAAGAUGUUUCCAAGAAGAUAAACAGGAACACACGUGCUCUUGGACUGGCCAAAAAGAAUAAGCGGAAUCUAAAAUGGCAUAAGCUGGAAGUCACACCAGUAGUAGCCUCUACUACCGUGAUACCAAACAUUAUGGAGAAACCACUCAUUCUAGACAUAUCCACCACCUCCAAAACACCCAACACUGAGGAGGCAUCUCUCUUCAGAAAGCCAUUAGUUUUAAAGGAGGAACCCACUAUUGAGGAUGAAACCCUUAUCAAUAAGUCAUUAUCUUUAAAAAAGUGCUCAAAUCAUGGGGAGGUGUCCUUACUGGAAAAGCUACAGCCCCUGCAGGAGGAGAGUGACAGUGAUGAUGCGUUUGUUAUAGAGCCAAUGACUUUUAAGAAGACACAUAAAACUGAGGAGGCAGCCAUCACCAAGAAGACAUUAUCCUUAAAGAAGAAGAUGUGUGCAAGUCAGCGGAAGCAGUCCUGCCAGGAAGAGUCGUUGGCUGUGCAGGAUGUCAAUAUUGAAGAGGAUUCCUUCUUUAUGGAGUCGAUGAGUUUUAAGAAGAAGCCUAAAACUGAGGAGUCAAUCCCCACCCAUAAGUUAUCAUCUUUAAAGAAGAAAUGUACCAUUUAUGGGAAGAUAUGCCACUUUAGGAAGCCACCAGUAUUGCAGACAACCAUCUGUGGAGCAAUGUCCUCCAUUAAGAAGCCUACCACUGAGAAGGAGACACUUUUCCAAGAGCUAUCUGUAUUGCAAGAGAAGCACACCACUGAGCAUGAGAUGUCCAUCUUGAAGAAAUCAUUGGCCUUGCAGAAGACCAACUUUAAAGAGGAUUCCCUUGUUAAGGAGUCGUUAGCCUUUAAGAAGAAGCCUAGCACUGAGGAGGCAAUCAUGAUGCCACUAAUAUUGAAGGAGCAGUGCAUGACUGAGGGGAAGAGGUCCCGCCUGAAGCCAUUAGUAUUUCAGGAGAUCACCUCUGGAGAGAAGUCGCUCAUUAUGAAGCCAUUGUCCAUUAAAGAAAAGCCAUCUACUGAGAAGGAGUCCUUUUCCCAGGAACCAUCUGCAUUGCAAAAGAAGCACACCACUCAGGAGGAGGUUUCCAUCUUAAAGGAGCCCUCGUCCUUGCUAAAGUCUCCAACUGAGGAGUCACCUCUUGAUGAGGCUUUGGCUUUUACAAAGAAGUGUACCAUUGAGGAGGCACCCCCCACCAAGAAGCCUUUAAUUUUAAAGAGGAAGCAUGCCACUCAGGGGACAAUGUCCCACUUGAAGAAACCACUAAUAUUACAGACCACCUCUGGAGAAAAGUCACUUAUUAAGGAGCCACUGCCCUUUAAAGAAGAAAAAGUGUCUUUAAAGAAAAAGUGUACCACACAAGAGAUGAUGUCCAUCUGUCCAGAACUGUUGGACUUUCAGGAUAUGAUUGGUGAAGAUAAGAAUUCUUUCUUUAUGGAGCCAAUGUCAUUUAGGAAGAACCCUACAACUGAGGAGACAGUACUUACCAAGACAUCAUUGUCUUUACAGGAAAAGAAAAUUACUCAGGGGAAGAUGUCCCACUUAAAGAAGCCACUGGUCUUGCAGGAGAUCACUUCCGAGGAGGAGUCAUUCUAUAAGAAGCUGUUGCCCUUUAAGAUGAAAUCUACAACGGAAGAAAAGUUCCUUUCCCAGGAACCAUCUGCAUUGAAAGAGAAGCAUACCACCUUGCAGGAAGUGUCCCUCUCAAAAGAGUCAUUGGCCAUCCAGGAGAAGGCUACCACUGAGGAGGAAUUCUCUCAGGAACUAUUUUCAUUGCAUGUUAAGCAUACCAACAAAAUUGGGUCCCUCUUCCAGGAGGCUUUGGUCUUGCAAGAGAAGACUGAUGCCGAAGAGGAUUCCUUGAAGAACUUGUUGGCUUUGCAGGAGAAAAGCACCAUGGAAGAAGAGUCCCUUAUCAAUAAGCUAUUGGCUCUGAAGGAGGAGCUUUCUGCUGAGGCAGCCACAAACAUACAGACACAAUUAUCUUUAAAGAAGAAGUCCACUGCUCAUGGAAAAGUGUUCUUCCUGAAGAAGCAGUUGGCUUUGAAUGAGACCAUCAAUGAAGAGGAGUUCCUUAAUAAGCAGCCACUGGCCUUGGAGGGGUAUCCCAGCAUUGUGGAGGGGGAGACCCUCUUCAAGAAGCUUUUGGCCAUGCAGGAGGAGCCCAGCAUUGAGAAGGAAGCUGUCCUCAAGGAGCCCACUAUUGACACAGAAGCUCACUUUAAGGAACCUUUGGCCUUGCAGGAGGAGCCCAGCACUGAGAAGGAGGCUGUCCUCAAGGAGCCCAGUGUUGACACAGAAGCUCACUUUAAGGAAACUUUGGCCUUGCAGGAGAAGCCCAGCAUUGAGCAGGAGGCCCUCUUUAAGCAGCACUCAGCUUUGUGGGAGAAGCCCAGCACUGAGAAGGAGACCAUCUUCAAGGAGUCUUUGGACUUGCAAGAGAAGCCCAGCAUUAAGAAAGAGACCCUCCUCAAAAAGCCAUUAGCCUUGAAGAUGUCUACCAUCAAUGAGGCAGUCCUCUUUGAAGAUAUGAUAGCUCUGAAUGAGAAACCCACCACUGGGAAGGAGUUGUCCUUCAAGGAGCCAUUAGCCUUACAAGAGAGUCCCACCUACAAGGAAGACACCUUUCUCAAAACAUUCUUGGUCCCCCAAGUUGGAACCAGCCCAAAUGUGUCUAGCACUGCCCCUGAAUCCAUAACCAGCAAGUCCAGCAUUGCUACCAUGACCAGUGUGGGCAAAUCUGGUACCAUCAAUGAGGCUUUCCUCUUCGAAGAUAUGAUAACUCUGAAUGAGAAACCCACCACUGGGAAGGAGUUGUCCUUCAAGGAGCCAUUGGCCUUACAAGAGAGUCCCACCUGCAAGGAAGACACCUUUCUGGAAACAUUCUUGAUCCCCCAAAUUGGAACCAGCCCAUAUGUGUUUAGCACCACCACCCCUGAAUCCAUAACAGAGAAGUCCAGCAUUGCAACCAUGACCAGUGUGGGCAAGUCCAGGACCACCACCGAGUCCAGUGCAUGUGAAUCUGCUUCUGAUAAACCUGUCUCACCACAGGCCAAGGGAACACCAAAGGAGAUAACCCCACGGGAAGAUAUUGAUGAGGACAGCGGUGAUCCAAGUUUCAACCCAAUGUAUGCCAAGGAAAUCUUCAGUUACAUGAAAGAGAGAGAGGAACAGUUUAUACUUACAGAUUACAUGAACAGGCAGAUUGAAAUCACCAGUGACAUGAGGGCCAUUCUUGUGGACUGGUUGGUGGACGUGCAGGUGUCCUUUGAGAUGACCCAUGAGACCCUGUACUUGGCAGUGAAGCUGGUGGAUCUCUACCUAAUGAAGGCAGUAUGCAAGAAGGAUAAGUUACAACUCCUUGGUGCCACUGCCUUUAUGAUUGCAGCAAAAUUUGAGGAGCACAACUCACCUCGUGUGGAUGACUUUGUGUACAUCUGUGAUGAUAAUUAUCAGCGAUCUGAGGUACUCAGCAUGGAAAUCAACAUCCUGAACGUCCUCAAAUGUGACAUUAACAUUCCCAUCGCCUAUCAUUUUCUGCGCAGAUAUGCUAGGUGUAUCCAUACCAACAUGAAGACACUGACCUUGUCCCGCUACAUCUGUGAGAUGACCCUGCAGGAAUACCACUAUGUCCAGGAGAAGGCUUCCAAGCUAGCUGCUGCCUCCUUACUCCUGGCCCUCUACAUGAAGAAGCUCGGAUACUGGGUUCCCUUCCUGGAGCAUUACAGUGGCUACAGUAUCUCUGAGCUUCACCCCUUGGUCAGACAGCUGAACAAACUGCUGACUUUCAGUUCUUACGAUAGUCUCAAGGCUGUGUAUUACAAGUAUUCUCACCCGGUCUUCUUUGAAGUCGCCAAAAUCCCUGCCUUGGAUAUGUUGAAGCUGGAGGAGAUUUUGAACUGUGAUUGUGAGGCUCAGGGCCUGGUACUCUAGCAGCAGCCACAGGGCUAAGCAUGCAUGUUAACAGGGUAUAUUUAUUCUGUGUUUGAAUUUGUCUUUUGAUCGCUUUUAUUCAUUUUUCCUUUCUUUGUCUUUUCCCAAACUGAUAAUGUUAUAAAUAUUUAUGUUGCUUGUUUUUAUGAAAGAAAAAAAUAUUGUCAUAUUUGACUACAAAUUUAAUAAAAAAUUAAUGGUUAUUGUU